AUGAUGCUACGACUCCAGAAGUUUGAGCUCGAAGUUGUGUACAAGAAGGGGCCACUUAUGUUUAUGGCAGAUACACUAAGUCGAGCAACUCUCCACCAGCCUAAUGCCGAAGGACCAGGAGAGACAGAAGAAGUAAUGAUUAUGCAUGACACAAGAUCAGCAACGGAAAGAGAAGUAGAGCAAAUUGAUAUGUUGCAGAACCUAGCGGUAAGAGAAACUACUUUAGUCCAAAUUAAAGAGCACACGGAUGCAGACAACCACCUGCAGGCGUUGGUUCGAAUUGUGAAAGAAGGAUGGCCAAGUACACUAGCUGAAGUUUCUCCAGAAUUACGAGUCUAUCACCCGUUUCGCGAUGAGUUGACAGUACAGAAUGGAGUUAUUUUUAAAGGAGAGCGGUUGAUUGUGCCAGAAGGAUUGAGAACAGAAAUGAAAGAAAAACUUCACUACAACCAUGGCGGGGUACAGGCUACACUUAGAAGAGCAAGGGAAGUAUUCUAUUGGCCAGGGAUGAACAAGGACAUUGAGGAUGUCAUCGCGAAGUGCAAUGUUUGUGCGCAGUAUCGAGCAACAAACCAAAAAGAACCUCUUAUGAGUUCUCCAGUCCCAACACGUCCAUGGGAGUCGAUCGCAACAGAUCUGUUUGAGCUUCGAAACAAAGACUACCUUGUUACAGUGGAUUACUACUCUAACUUUAUAGAAGUAGACAGAUUAUACUCGAAGACAAGCACUGAAGUUAUCCAAAAAUUAAAGGCACACAUGGCACGUUGCGGUGUACCUGAGCGGGUAGUCAGUGAUAAUGGGCCACAGUACAGUUCCAGCGAGUUUCAGGACUUUGCUGCGCAAUAUGAAUUCGAACAUGUAACCUCGUCGCCUCGAUAUCCUCAAUCAAACGGGAAAGCGGAAAGUGCGGUGAAGACAGCAAAGCGAAUUAUGAUGAAAGCGUUAGACGCGAAAGCAGAUCCUUAUCUGGCCAUGCUCGAACACAGGAACACACCAUCAGAAGGUAUGAGUACCUCGCCAGCACAACGAUUAUUUGGAAGGAGAACAAGAUCCACAAUUCCAACCUCGCGUAAAUUGCUUGAGCCUACCUGUAUGCAUUCUACAAAACAGGAGCUCCAACAGGCAAAAACUAAACAAGCUUACUAUUACAACAAGGGGUCAAAGAAACUUCCAACACUCAAGGUCGGUGAUGCAGUCCGUAUGAUGCCCGAGAAAGGAAAGAAAAGCUGGAGGAAAGGAAAGGUGAAAGCGAUUGUUAGUCCGCGGUCGUAUAUUGUUGCAACUGAUGAUGGAGGAAACUAUAGAAGAAAUCGCAGGCAUCUUCGAAAAACUGUGGAACGAGACGAGUUAGACGCAGACAUAGAAUUACCAAUGGAAGAACAUGAUGUACCAGACCAACAGCAGCUGCCAGAAUGCGAGGAACCGGUUGCUCAUGAACCUGGAGAGCAUGCAGCUCCCAAUGGUACAAGGAGAACAUCCAAUAGACAAACACGUAGACCAGCAUAUCUCGAGGACUAUGUCAUUGAAUCCUAA